AUGAAUUGCAAGAGUGAAGUCCUGAUUGCCGCUGUGCUCUUCUUCCUGCUGGCCUGUGUGGAGUGUCAGUUGACAUUCUCGCCGGACUGGGGCAAGCGUUCGGUGGGAGGUGCUGGUGGUGCGGGUGGCUUCUUUGAGCCACAGCAGGGCAAUUGCAAAACCUCCAACGAAAUGCUGCUCGAAAUCUUUCGCUUCGUUCAAUCGCAGGCGCAACUAUUUCUCGACUGCAAGCAUCGGGAAUAGACCAACGAGGACCGCGACUGGACAACACUGAGAAAUGCUAAUUAUAUUCUAUACUCCACUAUAUAUAUUUAGUUCGAUGUUCGAUGUAUGCAUGUUGUAUGUACGAGUACACGAGGUAGUCGUAGUCGGCAUUUAGAUUUAGAGCAUUUUUUCCGUUUCGUCUCUCUCAAUGUUAACUAAAUAUUUUAGCCUAACUGUGCCUAACUGAAAAGCCAAAAACUCAAUAAAUAAGCGCAU